GUAAUGCCCAUAUCACUUACCAACAAACCCUCAGCUGCCUGUUUCAAUACAUGUUCCCUGUUAUUUAAACUGCACCUUAGAGGAAUCAUCUGAUGCCUCAAGCAUGGAAAUAUAGUUAUUUUAUUUAUAAAAUUCCAGUAGAACAAAACCGUUUCUGAUCGAUAACCACAAAGAAGUUGCAUUUUUUUUGUAUAAAUAACAUUAGAAUGCAGAACUAAGAAUUGUACUGCGAUCAGUUAUUGCUACAACUGCCUAGACGGUGAAUGUCAGUGAACAUGUCGCUACCAUGGACUUUAAUUUGCUCUAAGCAAAAUGGUGAAAAAAAUAAAAUCAACAAAGUAGAUUCCGCGGGAGAACCUGUGACCAAUACAAAUGACAAAAUGAAGAUGAAGCAAGAAAUCACAUUGUUUAAUGGAGUUUCCUUAAUAGUCGGCAACAUGAUUGGUUCUGGGAUUUUUGUGUCUCCAAAGGGCGUCCUGAUGUACAGUGAAUCCUAUGGACUGUCCCUCCUCAUCUGGACACUAGGGGGAGUCUUCUCCAUGUUCGGAGCCCUGUGUUAUGCAGAACUAGGGACAUCUGUCAUUAAGUCAGGAGCAAGUUAUGCUUAUAUCCUAGAAGCCUUCGGAGGAUUUAUUGCCUUCAUCAGACUGUGGUCAUCAUUGCUAAUCAUAGAACCCACUACACAGGCCAUUAUUGCAAUCACAUUUGCUAAUUACAUUGUACAACCAAUAUUUCCAUAUUGUGAACCGCCAUAUGCAGCCGUCAGAUUAAUUGCUGCAGCCUGUGUAUGCACCUUAACAUUAAUUAAUUGUGUCCAUGUCAAAUGGGGAACAAGGGUUCAAGAUGUUUUUACCUACGCAAAGAUUAUGGCCCUUCUCAUGAUCAUUUCUGUGGGUCUUGUGAAGAUAGGCCAAGGUGAAACUGACAAUCUGAAGGCUCCCUUUGAAGGCUCAACCACCAAUGUAGGAUUUAUGGCUCUUGCUCUGUAUUCUGCACUCUACUCUUAUUCUGGAUGGGACACACUGAACUUUGUCACAGAAGAAAUGAAGAACCCUAAAAGAAACCUCCCUCUUGCUAUCGCGAUUUCCAUGCCAAUUGUUACCUUAAUAUAUCUACUGACUAAUGUUGCUUACUAUGUGGUUCUGGAUAUGACCGCUGUUCUUACCAGUGACGCAGUGGCUGUGACGUUUGGAAAUGAAGUUCUUGGUCAUGCCAAAUGGCUUAUACCAAUAGCAGUGGCAAUGUCUUGUUAUGGUGGAUUAAACUCAUCUAUUAUUGCAGCUUCAAGACUAUUUUAUGUUGGCGCAAGGGAAGGCCAUCUGCCUGCAAGUCUGAGUCUGAUUCACAGGCAGAACUGCACCCCUGUACCCGCUCUUCUCUUCAAUGGAUUGAUGGCUGUAAUCUAUCUACUCGUGGAAGACAUAUUUCAGCUGAUAAACUACUACAGCUUCAGCUAUUGGCUGUUUGUCGGACUGUCGGUUGCUGGAUUAAUAGUUCUGCGAAUCACCCAACCUGAGAGGUCACGCCCUGUGAAGGUCAACCUGUUCUUCCCAGUGGUGUAUUGCCUCUGUAGCCUAUUCCUUGUCAUUGUUCCACUGUAUAGUGAUUCCAUCAAUUCUCUAAUUGGCAUCGGAAUAGCACUUUCUGGAAUUCCUGCCUAUUUCCUGGGUGUUUACUUGCCAGUUGAAAAGAGACCAAAAUAUCUUUCAUAUAGUUGUGCAUGGAUAACUAAAUACGUACAGAUCCUAUGUAACUGCUGCUUGACAGACCUGGAUGAAGAGAAGAAAUUAUAAGGUCCAAGUGAUGUUUAUAUCUGUAUAUAAACUCCUGUAAAUACUAUCUAUAUCAGCAAUGGCUUUUGAUAUCAUUGUUUAUAAUGGGCAAGUUGCAAUGUGUAUUAUAUGGAAAAAUGCACCCUGUUACUGUAAAUUAUUAAGGAUGAUGGACGGUACCUCGUGCCUCUGUCACUGUUCGGGCCGCCAACCUCCUGCCUGAAUAAUCUCAAGGAACUCUGGUGAUCUCUAAUAUCCCAAAUUUCAUAUCCCAUGUAUUACUUGGCCUGCACUGUAUACAUGA